UUGACUUCCGUCAUUUAUUUUUCACAGACCUGUGAUGUUUGAGUAGACCGGCUGUAGGUAUGAUGGCCGGGGUGUUUUGUGGGAUUUAAGUGUUUACUGGAUUAGGUCUCUGGCUGUCAGGAUGGCGGUGGAACAUACUGACAACUUCUCCAUGACGUCGGCCACGAUGGGGCAGAUCAUGCUGGUCGUCGUCAGUUCCAUGGGCGUCCUCGUCGUACUUUUGGUGUCGGCCAUGAUGUGCAGCUGGUGCUUUGGGCGCAAGGACGAUGACGACGAUGACGACGACAGCAAAGUAGACAUCAUCGCCCAGAAAUAUCGGCCAGUCUCUGCCCAAGAGGAUGAUGUCCGUCAACUCAACAAAAGGUCAUGGGAGGUUAAAGGUCACAAUGGUCCAGGCAAGGCAGAGUCGCCAAUUGUUACCCGCAAGACAAUCAAGUUUGAACGGCCUGGACGGAGCCAGGUUGUCACAGAACAUGUCCAGCCUCUGCCUAACUCCCAUACCGCCUUAAAUGACUCCCUAGGGGUCAGUCGGCAGUCGUCCACAGGAUCCUACCAGACCAUGAGCUCCACCCAUCCAGGACACAGGAUUCUCAGCCAUUCAGACUCGCAGCGAUCACAAAGUGCUGAUGACGAAAACAAUAGUGUAUGGAAAGGGAUGCGUAACAUAGCCAACAUGUUAAUGGACGAUGCUGAAGAGGACCCUGGACCUCAAAUUAUUGACCCCACCGAGGGCGUCGACUGCAAACUAGGACGGAUACAAGUGGCACUUAGCUACGAUUUCCAAACACUGACGUUGAACUUAAAAGUUUUUCAGGGAGUUGGACUUCCUGCUAAAGACUUUACCGGAACAAGUGAUCCUUAUGUCAAAAUUUUACUUUUACCAGAUAAAAAACAUAAACUUGUCACAAAAGUCAAAAAGAGGAAUUUAAAUCCACGAUGGAAUGAAUGUUUUCUUUUUGAAGGGUGGCCUCACAACAAACUACUUGAAAAGACCCUAUACUUACAAGUGAUAGAUUAUGACCGCUUUAGUAGGGAUGACCCUAUUGGAGAGACGUAUCUCCCUCUGAAUGAAGUCGACCUCUCUCAGUCACCCAUGAUGUGGAGGUUUCUACAGCCUUGUAAAGACAGUAGGGGAAAACUUGGGGAAAUUCUCUUGUCUCUAUGUUAUCAGCCUGCCGUCGGUCGCCUUACUGUGAUAGUAAUGAAAGCCAAGGACCUCAAAGCUAAAGACAUUACCGGUGCAUCAGAUCCCUAUGUGAAGUUAUGGCUGAUGUACGGUAGCACAAAGGUUGAAAAGAAGAAAACAUCUAUAAAGAUGCGGACUUUGAACCCUGUGUAUAAUGAAUCCUUCAUCUACGAGAUACCCUGGGAAAAGAUACGCGAAGCAAGCAUAGAAGUGACCGUGAUGGACUUCGACAAACUUGGCCGUAAUGAAAUGAUUGGUAAAAUAUUUCUAGGCAGCCGCAGUGGGCCUUUAGAGUCUAGACAUUGGACCGAUAUGAUCACAAAGCCACGACAGCAAGUGGCACAGUGGCAUCUUCUGAAGGAUUAGUCAUAGAUACCGGUGGCAUGGAUUACGGAAUUCGGGGGAUUAUUGGGCUUUUAAAGCGGCGUUCCUUGUGAAACGAUGGUUAGGAGGAAGCAGGAAGUCCGGUAGACACUGGUAUUCUGUCAGGGUGGUAAGGGCACGUCGGCAAACAGACGAUGUCUGCACCUAGUGAUCUCAGUUGCAUGUCUAUCCAGAUACUAUGACGACAUAGCAACCGCUAUCUUAGCAUCAAUGCAAAUAUUGUGGACCUGACUACACUUCCAGUCUAUAUAAGCAAUUUGGUGUGAAGAAAAGCAUAUUGCAAACCUAUGUAUAAAGUGAAAGUCGCAUCUCCAUAGCAACAGUGUUACCGCCAUUGGCAACCAGCUAGAGAUCGAAUCCAUGAUUUGAAGACUCUACCUGCAACAGAACCUGAAGGGGUUGUCUCCCUUGGGAAAUAAACAGUGACAUUUUCCUUCUAACUGAAAAUGUCUUUCCUUGGUACGUUGGCCUCUCUUUCACCGUAGAACUUGGAAGGUUUCUUCAUUUUUAAAACAUGACAGAGAGACAAUGCUCUCACUGAUGACAGAAACUUUGUGCAGUUAACAACACAUCAUGUGCUUAGCAGCAUAAACAUUACCUAGCAACAAUACAUUGUGUUGUUACAUAGUAAGGAUUGCUUAGCAACAGCACAUUAUGUCCUGGACGUGGCAAAGAUUGCCUAGCAACAACACAUCGUGUACUGGACAUGGUAAAUAUUGCCUAGCAACCACACAUUGUGUACUGGACGUGGUAAAGAUUGCCUAGCAACCACACAUGGUAUAGUGGACGUUGAAGAUUGCCUAGCAACCACACAUGGUAUAGUGGACGUUGAAGAUUGCCUAGCAACCACACAUGGUGUAGUGGACGUGGUAAAGAUUGCCUAGCAACAGCACAUUGUGUACUGGACAUGGUAAAGAUUGCCUAGCAAUGACAUAUCGUGUUCUGGACAUGGUCAGAAAUGCCUAGCAACCAUGGCAUCGUGUGCUGGACGUGGUAAGGAUUGCCUAGCAACCAUGACAUCGUUUUGUGUACAUUGCAAGGAUUGCCUAGCAACUAUGACAUCGUGUUGUGCACAUAGUAAGGAUUGCCUAGCAACAACACAUUGUGUCCUAGACAUGGUCAGGAUUGACUAGCAACCAUGAUAUCGUGUUAUGUACAUGGUAAGGAUUGCCUAGCAACCAUGAUAUCGUGUUGUGUACAUGGUAAGGAUUGCCGAGCAAUAAACAUCAUGUUGUGCAACAAUACAUCAUGCAACUGUUGCCUAAGAACAGUGUAUGUCUAGUAAAUUGAGAGAAUCAUUCGGCAGAAAUUGCAACCAUCACAGAAACAACAAAGCACUCAAAUCAGUGUAUUUAGAAUAUGAAAACAAGUCUAUUGCAACAACUUAAUUAGAUCUAGAUAGUGUCUUAGUUACGGACAGGUUGGUUGAUCCAUAUACAGUGGUCAGUGUUGACAGGUGCUUGUUGUAAAAGUUUGUAGAUCACACACUGUGUGUACAAAUGUCUCAAUGUCAGUAAAUAUUCAAUGUUGUAAUCAUAUGUAAUAUCCUGGAUAAAUUUCAUGAUCAAAGUAUUGACCAAUCGAGUACAUAACAGCUCAUCGGAAGAAAUUGUAAUCAAAGUUUUAUACAACAACAGCCUUUAUAUCGAAGGAUCCAAUGAACUUCAACUCAAAUCCUAUAAACAUUUGACAUCUGUUUGAACCUUUGGAAUAUAAGAGGUGAUAUUUGUAGAUUAUGAUACUCCUUGUCCCUAAUUAUAAAAAGUUCGGGUCGUUGAAAGGCCAGAGCAAUCAAGUUCUAUAUAGAUGAUAACAAAAUGGAGAGAUUUGUAAGUCUUCAGUGUCAAAGUUAGAGGUGUGACGGCUGAGGAUGACAACCAGGAAGUGUGAGGGAGAGCGUCUAGACAGGGAAUCUUUCCUAAUGGGCCUGCCUGUCACUGGCUACAUCCUCCCAAUAUGCCGUCAGUGCGUAUACAGGACUACCUGGACAACUUGUACAAGCCCUCUGCAGUUUUUUCAUUAAAUCAAAAAGAGUUGAUGUUGCUGUUUUAUUGCCAAAAAACUAUGAAUAUUUAAAUUAUUUAUUCAGUAUUUAUAUAUAUUAAUAACAAUUAAUCAUAAAAAUAGUUAAUUAUUAUAUAAUAAUGAUUCUUAGAUACAUAUAUAAAUACAUAUAGGAAAAAAACAUUUUAUAAACUAUUUUCGUUAAAGUGUUUAUCUCCUUAAGCAUUUACCAUCCGUUUUGUUAUAUAUAGAUGGUGCAUGAAUUUCUCAAUGUCGAUGCCAGACAGAUUUUCUAAACAAAAUGUUGUAUUUCAUCAUGUCUGAGUAAAUAAGAUCACCCAAACACCACGUAAACACCUAUGUAUAGUGAUCCAAACCUUGUCUAGACUUAGUGCUCCAGGAAAUAAUGCUACAAAUAUCUGAUAUAGACAGUGGCCUAAAAUCUACAAAGAACAAUCUAGAGUUGUGUCCCUUUGUAGAUGGAAGGUCGUUGCCCUUGAUGCGUAUAGAAAUGACUUCCUCGAAAAUUUUAUUCAGUGCCAAGUUAAACAUUAGUCUGAUACGUACCUUACAUAAAGACAAUCUUGCCUGAAAUGUAAAAAUCCUAUUGAUUAGUAUCAUGAUUAUCAUACGAAGUGAUGUAGGUUGGUUUCAUCAUCAAAAUAAAUUUUCAAAAUAAAUAUUUUGAUUAACAUUUUAUACUGCUGAGAGUUUAACAAGUCAAUGCAGUUAUUGAUUCUUGCAUAAAAACAAAACAGAGAAAAACGCUGAUAAGAAAACAUUUUCAAAAUCAUAAAAAAAAAAUCUAUAUAAACUUUGUUCAUCAUUUUCCAAUCAUAUAUUAUUUCCAAAAAGGUUUUCUAUAAAAUCCAGCUUCAGUCGACAUGAAACUUAUCAAUCUGCAAACUUAGACAUCUAGUAGUGUUAAAAAAUAAGCACAGAACUGCUUGUAUUGUACAGUGUUAAUUACUGAUAUGUUGUCCGUCAGACAUGAACAUCAUCAUGGCCAUGUUGACUUUUAAGAAUUGAUGGGCAAUUAUUGGAGGGCCCUUAAUUAUGAUUUGUUUUGACUAUUUGUUUGACUAUUACUUUGUUGAUUUUUCUGAAAGUUUCUUUGUUUACUAUUUUUGGAGGAUAAAUAUUCCUGACCUUUUAUGGUAAUGAGAGUACAGUUUUGUUUAAAGCUCCUGAUUGGUAGCUGAACAAACUGUAUAGCCAAUCAGCGAGUGUGUUGAAUAAUUUAAUUAAGCCAAUGUUUGAGCUUGUUAUUAAUCUGUGUUAAGCUUUCCCCUACACUGUAUACAAUUGUAUUGUUGAUUGGUUGAUUUUUUUCAUCCAAUCACAGAGCUUGUUACAUAUAAUGUUUACUUUAUUCUUUAUCUUGUUGUGUUUUCCAAUGAAGACAUAUUAUGUUUACUGUUGACAAAAUUUGUUGCCAUUUCCUUUUGUACUCUUGAGAUAUUUUUUAUUUUAAUGUUGUUGAAAUAUACACUCAUUGUAUUUUGUCCACGAUAUGUGUGUGGACAGUGAAGGGAUGUUAAUACAAGUUGUGUGUCCUCAUAUUGUGUCCACAUAACAUAUAAAUCUGCAUUUCUUGUGUGUUUGUCUGUCUUGUUCAUAGGGUACAAUGUGGCAUGUUUCCUUAAACAAGAAUUCCAGAAAUAGAGAUAUGAUAUUUUCAGACAAUAUUACCGUAGAAUAUUUUCAGAGGACCGAAGUUUUAUUUUUGAAUUUCAUCCUUGUAUCUUUGACCAUUCUAGCAUUACGUGUUGUGUCCGUUUAUACACGUGUAUAUGUAGUGGUACCGAUGUGUACUCAGUCACUGACUACGAAACUUUAGUAUGAUUGGAGUUAAACCUAACCCUAACCAGAGCUAUAUUGUGACUUGUUGCUUACUGUGUUAGAUGGUAUCGUUAAUCUAAAUUUACUAUACUUUAUAUAAAAACAUAUUGUAUAUGAAAUAUCUUAUCAAAGAAUAAAUUAAAUAAAUUCAUUAAUUUAUUAAAAUAUUCAGUUUACAUAGCAUUACUAAUGGGAUAUAUACAAUUCUAAACAGGAUGGCCAGGAGGGGGCUACAGAUAUCAUAAGAAAAUAUUUAUUAUAUCUAUAUAGCAUAACAAGUGCCAUUGCAGCAAGCUCAACUUGUUCUAUUAUUAGACUCAAAUGAAUAUAUGAAUUAAGAUAUUAUCGUCUCUGAAGGGUGAUAUGAAUGGUUCUAACUCUACUUAUAUCUACUGUUAGCGAGUUAUUGGCAGGGUCUGUACAACUAACGUGAUGUCCGGAUGGUAACAACAGGUCUUUGAGCGACUGUGCUUAUGUAAUCACCCGUACUGUAAUAUGUAUGUAAAAGUAUGCCUAUGUAUCAGUGUCUAAAUAUGAAGAGAAAAAUGAAAAUAUCCAUUUCCACCAACUUUUGUGUAAAUGUAUGCAUAAUUAGACGUGGAGGUAUGGAGAUUAUAACACCAAAUACUGGACAACAGGUGUGGCAGACGUCAAGGCAGGUAUCACUUGAACAAGAGGUGUGGCAGACGACGUCCAGAUAGAUAUCAUCUGGAAAACAGUUGUCCAUGCAGAUAUCACUUGGACAACAGGUGUGUCAGAUGAUGCCCAGAUAGGUAUCACCUGGACAAUAGGUGUAUCAGACGAUGCCCAAAUAGAUAUCACCUAGAUAACAGUUGUCCAUGCAGAUAUCACCUGGACAACAGUUGUAUCAGUUGUCCAUGUAGAUAUCACCUGGACAACAGAUGUGCCAGUUGUCCAUGCAGAUAUCACCUGGACAACAGGUGUGCCAGUUGUCCAUACAGAUAUCACCUGGACAACAGGUGUAUCAGUUGUCCAUGCAGAUAUCACCUGGACAACAGGUGUGUCAGUUGUCGAUGCAGAUAACGUGGACAACAGGUGUGUCAGUUGUCCAUGAAGAUAUCACCAGGACAACAGGUGUGCCAGUUGUCCAUGCAGAUAUCGCCUGGACAACAGGUGUGCCAGUUGUCCACAGCCCUGUGUAUUUAUUGUUCAUAGAGUAGACAACAUCAUAAACCACAUUUUGUUCAAAACAAUUUCAUGGAAUGAAAAUAAAAAUUCUGAAGAAUUUCAGAAAUACUUAAUGGUA